AUGACCGACCGACUGCCGCCUAACCUAUUGGCGCUCUUUCAGCCGCGACCGCCGCUGCGGUACAUGCCACCGAAUGACUACGCGCCAGAAAAUCGCAAAACAGCGACCGUAGAUGGCGUCGCCCAGUUCUUGCCUGCGCUCGAGGAGUACAAGGAAGAACACAAAGAUGAUCCGGUAACGGAGUCGUGGCUGCAGAAGCGCGACCGUGAGACAAUGGAGAAACAGGAAAAGCAGAAAUGGCUAGUGGAGGGCGGCUACAAGGAAUUUUACAAGCCAAAUGAGGACGAAAAUAUCCGGGGCGACGCAUUCAAAACACUUUUCAUCAGCAGAUUACCCUACGAUGUUGGCACCAAGGACCUGGAGAAAGAAUUUGGUCGAUUCGGACCCAUCGAGAGAAUCAGGAUCGUGACAGAUCGAGGCGAAGGUCCUAAGAAAGGCAAGCCCAGGGGAUAUGCGUUCAUUCUGUUCGAGCGCGAGAAGGACAUGAAAGCUGCCUACAAGGAAAGCGAUGCUCUUUACAUCAAGGGUAGGAAAGUUCUGGUCGAUGUUGAAAGAGGUCGGACUGUUGCCGGUUGGCGACCGCGUCGCUUCGGCGGCGGCAUGGGUGGU